AUGAAAUAAAAAUUAAUAUUCAACUUAAAGGAUAAUGCAAGUAUUGAAAGUACCCCAUUUGAAAGGAAAACUCAAAGAAGAAUUAACGUCAAGAGGACCAAUGCUAUUACUAUAUCAGAUUCUGAUUCAAACAAAGAAAACAAUUCAGUCUUCUGUAACUAAUCUUGCAAUCUUAAAUUAAUAGCUAAAUCCCCUACAUGUGCGAAACUAAUAAAAUAAGAAGGUUUUCUGACAAAUCAAAAUUAUCAUGAAAUUGUUGAAUUCAAAGAGAUUGUUUGCAGUGAGUUACCUAGAAUUGGUAGACCCUAUCUGAUCAAGAAGUAACUCAACUUCGAUUAUAAGACGAUCCUUAUAAAAUAUGAUCACAAAGUAAAAUACAGAAAAAUAACAAAUAAUUAGGUUCUGGGCGGCUGUUUAUUUAAACCUUACCUUCUAGACAAUUUUAUUGAGUUAGUUUAUUUUUGCAUUGAUAAAACCUAAUAAGGACAGGUGAGAAUAAUUAAACUUGAUAAUGAUAUUAUUCAGGGUCUUGGGAAUGAGCUAAUGGAUCAUCUAAAAGCCUAUGCUUAGAAAGAAGAUAUUUCUUAUAUUAUAGCUUAUGCUGACAACAAUGCAAUUUAAUUCUUCAAAAAGCAAGGAUUUAUUCAUGAAAUAUCGCUGCCAAAGACUUAAUACAUGAAUCUCAUAGAACACUUUGUUGGGGCAUAAUUAAUGGGAUUCAAGAUUAUUCCUGAGUUAGACUACCUCAAUCUCAAAUCAGUUCUGCAAAGGCAAGUCGUCGUAUUAGCAGAAGCUUUAAAAAAUCUACUCCCUCUUAAUCAGCUAUACCUCCCUUAUUAUAUAGAUGAAGAAUAAAGAUAGGACAUUGUUGAUAGCUUAGACCCAACUUUUGAAAGUAGUGAUUUAAUUGAGGUUAAGCCAAGCAAGGGUAAUAACCCUAAAAGAGUUGCUAAAUUUUAGCAUCUGCUAAUAGACUAAUUAAUGAAAAAAUAAAAUCUUCACUAUCAUAUUACUAAAUGCUGCAUCUUUAAGUAAUUCAAGUUAUUUGAAGAGUUAAACUUCAGAACAAUGACGGAAUUGAGUCAAAGAAUACUGAGAAUUUUUACAGAGUUCAAAUGCACUUGUGGCGGCUCUAAAAAGCUUGAAAGGACAAAGCAAUAUGUGGAGAGUAUGAUUGCUGUUGUUUAAAAUAGUGAUGACUCAGAUGAUGAUUAAAACUUUGAUAGCAAGUUUUAGUUUAAGGGUAAAAAGAGAUCAAAGAAGGAACUCUACAAGAGAGGCAAUUGCUGA